AUGUUAGAGAGAGUGAAAAGAAAACAGGAUUUGACAAGUUAUUUACUAAAGGAGAAACAGCUUCAAAAUGUUAAUAAUAUAAAGAAAAAAUGUUAUAAUUUGAAUAAAUUAAAGUAUGAAAUUAUGAAUACUUUGGAAGCUGAUAAAGAUGAGUCACCUAAUCAACACAAAGGGAAUAAAAAUAAGCUUUCAAGGAAAAAGAUACAGAAUAUUAAAAAGUCACAUAUAGACUUUUAUAAAGAUGUCUUGCAGCACCCCGAUUUUAAUGAACUUGAUACUAUUAAAUCAAAACUGAUGGAUAAGUUUGAAGGCAAUUGCCAUGGAGAUGAUCAUAUUAUGGAUAUAGUCAAGACGCCAAAGAAACCAAAAUCAAAGAUAAACAAGUCUGUUAAAGUCACUAAAAGUAUUAAAAAAAGAUGA